GAAUCACUGCUGUCUCUGCCGAAGAAAUGGCUCAGUACCCAGGUCUACGGCACCGACGACGAAGACUUCCAGUAUGUGCAAGUGGCCAAACUGCCGGUGCCGGAGCUGCAGCCCACCCUGGACUCGUACCUGCAAUUCGCGUCUGUGAUCGUGAGUCAGCAGCAGUUGGAGAAAACCCAGGAGUUGGUGAAGAGGUUCGCGGAGGACCUCGGACCCAAAAUGCAGGCGAAACUCGUGGAAAGGCAAAAAGAAAUGAUUAAUUGGGUGACGGACUGGUGGCUGGAUGACAUGUACCUGAAAGUUCGGUUGCCCUUACCUAUCAACUCGAACCCUGGCAUGGUGUUCCCGAGGAGGCAAUUCGCAAAAAUCGACGAAGUGGCUGAUCUUGCUGCACUAUAUAUUGAUGAUUUACUUGACUAUAAGGAAAUGCUGGACAGAGGCGAGCUACCACAAGAGAGGGCUACAAGCCGCGAAAAAGGUCAGCCUCUGUGCAUGGAGCAGUUCUACCGACUUUUAGGCGUUUGCCGUAUACCAGAAGUUGGCAAAGAUCGUCUGGAACUGCCCACGAGACCAAACGAAGCUACAGAAAGUGAGGAGUUGGUGAUCGUCGCGUGCAGAAACUAUUUCUACCCAAUACCAGUGAAGGCUGGCGACCGAGGACGUCUCACUCCUGGAGAGAUGCAAGCUCAACUUCUCCACGCUAUGGUGGAUGCUGCCGGAGCUCCUCCAGCGCCCAGGGUCGGGAUACUGACAACUAUGAACCGGGACCAAUGGGCCAAGUCCAGGGAACAACUUAUUAGAGAUGAAAACAACCGCGCUAACCUGGAGCUGAUAUCUCGCGCUUUAUGCAUCAUGUGCAUUGACGAGGCAGGAGGGGACCGACCAGAGCUGGACAGUGACACCAACGCAUUACUCAGGGCUAUGCAUGGCGGAGGCACUCGACACCACUCCGCCAACCGCUGGUUCGACAAAACUGUGCAGCUUAUCAUAUCAUCCGACGGUACUGUGGGCAUGUGCUACGAGCACAGCCCGGCGGAAGGUGUAGCAGUGAUCCGUCUGGCAGAAAGAGCUCUUGCGCGUGCAGAGGUGGCAGACAGACCAUCACCUCCACCUGUGCUGUUGCCCGCACCGCAGCCUAUGAAAUGGAACCUCACCGUUGAUUUGCAGCGAACUAUUGAGCAUGCUGCAAGAGAUUUUGAUCGCGCCAUAUCAAACUUAGACCUGAGGGUGUACACGUAUCGUAACUACGGCCGGGACUUCAUGAAAUCCUGCCGCACCAGCCCUGACGUCUACAUACAACUGGCAAUGCAAUACGCGUAUUACAAACUCUACGGUUACCUGGUGUCCACCUACGAAUCAGCAUCGCUCCGGCGUUUUAACAAUGGGCGAGUGGACAACAUAAGGUCGGCUCACAGCGCGGCGCACGCCUGGGCCUCAGCGAUGUGUACGGCCGAUACUCCGCCCCAAUCUGAGGAGGACGGUCAGAGAAAGGUCUCCUUUAACUUAUAUGGGGAACAAAAGAAACUAGAAUUGUUCGAGGAAGCAGCUCGCAAGCAAACCGUCAUAAUGGAAGCCAAUAUCCUCGGCCGGGGUAUCGAUAACCAUCUGCUUGGAUUACGUGAGGCGGCGCGGGAGACACUGGGUGAACUGCCAGAGCUGUUCACAGAUCCAACCUAUGGCCGCAUGAUUGAGUUUAAACUUAGCACCAGUCAGGUCGCUACAACAACAGAUGGCACAUUCAUGGGUUACGGAGCGGUGGUCCCCGAUGGCUACGGUUGCAGCUACAACCCAAAAAAGGACUGCGUCAUCUUCUGCAUCUCCUCCUUUAUAGCCUCCAGCGUGACCAAUACAGAAGCCUUCCGACAGUCGCUGGAAGAAGCCUUGGACUCGAUGAAGCUGAUGUUUCAGAACAAGAAAACUGAGAGCUAAAUAUUAGCCAUCAACCUUUUUUCUUUAUUGAGGAGGAAUAUAGAAGCUCAGCAG